UUAAUCGACAUAGCGAGUUUUGCAAGACAAUUGCCAAUAAUGGACACGAAGGAUUUCAUCGAUUUUGGUAAAGCAGCGAUCCAUUUCGUGGCUAAUUACCACGAUGGCUUGAGAAGCAAGAACGUUCUUCCGGAUGUUGAGCCAGGAUAUCUCAGUAAACUACUGCCGGAAGAAGCGCCAAAGAAGCCGGAAAUCUGGCAAGAUGUGCUUAAAGAUGUUGAACAACAUAUUCUACCUGGAAUAACCCAUUGGAAUUCGCCAUAUUUCCACGCGUUCUAUCCAUCUGCAAAUUCGUACCCCGCGAUCGUGGGUGAGAUCAUCAGCUGUGGUUUAAGUUGCAUGGGAUUUUCAUGGACCACUUCCCCUGCGUGCACGGAACUUGAAGUGAUCGUGAUGAAUUGGCUUGGAAAAUUAUUAGGAUUACCAAAGCAGUUUCUAAGUUGCAGCGAAGGUCAUGGUGGAGGUGUCAUACAGGGCUCAGCCAGCGAGAGUACGUUAGUAUGUUUGUUAACGGCAAAGGAACAUGCAUCACGUCGUAUAAAACAAUUUCAUCCAGACUGGGACGAAGACUUCAUCAAGUGCAAAUUGGUUGCAUAUUCAUCUGAUCAGUCAAAUUCUUCGGUAGAAAAAGGGGGGAUGUUGACAUCAAUUCCCAUGAGACUUUUACCUACCGAUGACAAAUGCUCUCUUCGAGGUGAAACGUUAUUGAAAGCGGUCAAAGAGGAUCUGAAGAAAGGUUUGAUACCAUGCUGCUUAGUGGCCACUUUGGGUACCACUGGCACGUGUGCCUUCGACAACCUUGACGAAUUGGGGCCCAUUUGCAAUGAGUACAACAUAUGGUUGCACAUCGAUGCUGCUUAUGCAGGUGCUGCCUUCAUUUGUCCCGAGUAUCGACAUUUGAUGUCUGGUGUUGAAUACGCUGACUCUUUCAAUGUCAAUAUGCAUAAAUGGUUGCUAGUGAAUUUCGAUUGUUCUGCGUUAUGGGUAAAAGAUUCUAGGAAAUUGGUCGAAGCUUUCAACGUGGACAGGAUUUACUUGGAACACGAUAAACAAGGGCUUGUUCCGGAUUUUAGGCACUGGCAAAUUCCUUUGGGUCGUCGUUUUCGAUCCUUGAAAGUUUGGUUUGUAUUACGGAUUUAUGGAGCAGAAGGAAUUCAGCAGUACAUACGGGACACGAUAAAAUUGGCAAAGAUGUUUGAGAACUAUGUCAAAUCUGACAGCAGGUUCGAAAUAGUAACAGAGAGAGCUAUGGCUUUAAUUUGUUUCAGAAUGAAGGGUGACAAUCAAUUGACCAAGGAACUUAUCAAUCGCGUGACAGCCAGAAAAAAGAUUUACGUGAUUGCAGCCAUGUAUCGGAAAAAAUUAAUCAUGCGAGUGGUGAUAGGAAGUCGUUUAUCUCGAGAAGAAGAUAUCGCCUGUACAUGGAACGAGAUCUCGAGUCAAGCAACAGAAAUCUUGCGAUCUAUCACCCCUCCUGUAGAGAAAGAAUCGUGCGAUUCAUUCAAAAAAACCUCAAAUGGCAUAGCAACCAUGAUAGAGAGCUUGAAACCUACGAACGAGUAUAAGCUAUUAAGUUAAAAAUAUCUAGUAGAAUUUAAAUACUGUACGAGCCUGCUAAUUUAGUAGCUGAAAUGAAUGUGGAUUUAAUUAUUCAUAGUCUAAUAGAUUCAUUUGUUCUAAUAUAAUUCUAAAGAUAGAUCACACAAAUUUUUGUUACUGGCGAAGAAUGAUACACCUACAAAUCAAUAGGAUUAUAUUUCAUCGUGUGACGAAGAACAUAAAACAUCGAGAGCAAAUAAGAGAAGAGAAGAAUAAAUCAUUAGCGUAAAUAUAGAAUCAAAGCUAAAUAUUAAAAGAACCUAAAAAUAUGGAUUUCAGAAGUGAAAUCACUAGAUCAGGGCAGUAAGUCAAAUCUUCCUGCGUCAACUUAUCAGACCAGAUAGAUUAUUUUCUCGAUCUAUAAUCAGCCAAUCGGUUCUGUAUAAGAUGCAAUUUAUGAUCUAUGUUAACGGUGAAAGCGAAUGAUUCGAAAGUAUGAUCGUGAUCGAAGGAUCAAACUAAAAUCUUCGUCAUAGGUGGCUAUGAUCAAUAGUCUCGACAACAAAACAUCUGUAAUGGUCGUUUGUUUGCGCGUGUGACAUGCUCUCUUCAUAGCAACGUUCGCCGAUAAGGAACUCGCCUUAAUUACAUCUAAAUUCUAAUCAAGAUCAAUGUCCAUCAUCUUCAUGAACAAAUUCACUAGUUUCGCCGCUUUAUGUCCAAUGAGAUGCUACUUAUGAGGACCAGAUUACCGUUUCGAAGAUUUCGAACAGUUUCAAUAAGGUAGAUCCAGAUAGUC